AUGAGAUUUACGUCGACCGCCGUUCUCCUAACUUCUCUGGCUGCGGGCAUCCACGCUGGCGUCAUUGCACCCAGGGAAGAGAUCAUUGAGCCCAGACAAGACCAACAGUUCUUUGGCACAUUUGACACAUUUACAGACACGGUCUGCAGCGAAGGUGGAAGCGGAAUUACUGUUGACAGAGACAAUGUGAAUGGUCCCCUGGACGGGAAUGUCAAGUCGAUAAAAGCCUACCUGCCUACCUGUUACUUGGCCAUUUGGAACACACUAGGAGGAUUUCCGGUGAGGUAUAUCGCCCCCGGCGACAACGGAUGCUAUUCUAUCUCCGGCACUGACCUCACAUGGCGUGCCUACUGCUAUUUUGAGUCUCAGACGUGA